AUGAGAGGUUUAUUACUUAAAUUUAGAUUUACAGAAUAGAUCUCAACUUCAUAAGUUUAAUAAAUCAAGAGAUUCUAUAAAGAUGUUAAAAUUGAAAUGGCAUUUGGAGUGGUUAAUCCAUAAAAUCAAUGGUUAAUAAAGGUAUAUUGAAUAAAAAUAGAUGAUUAGUUAGAUGGGAAAAUAGUAAAGACUCCAUCCAAAAAUGAAUUAGCAUUACCGACACCAUAAUUAGCUUAAUGUAUUGCUGAUGAAUAUAACUAAUAAACAGAAUUUAUUAAUCCUAUUACUAUGCCAUUAAUGACAUUGGCUAGAAAUGCUGUUGAUAUUGAAGCAGAUGAAAGUAUGAGAGAAUUUAUGGAGCAUUCAAUUAUUAGUUAUUUAGAGAGAGAUACUGUAUUAUUUAGAGAGUAAUCACAUUCAGAACUUUAUUAAAUAUAAAUGUAAAAAUUAGACCCUCAAUUAAAAUUAUUCAAUCAAAAAUUUGGUAUGCAUUUAAAGGCUAAUUUUGGUUUGGAUAUAGAACCUUUAAAAUAAUAUGAUUAAAUUAAAAUAGAAUCAAUUCUUAAAGAGUUAAAUAGUUGGCAAUUAGUUUGUCUAGAUUCUAAAGUUGGUAUGUUUUUAUUAAUAAUUAGAAAACUUAAAGUCAUGUAUUUUGGCUUUUCAAAUCUGGAAUAAUCAUAUUGAUAUUCAAGAAGCAGUCAAAUUAUCAAGAAUUGAAGAAGAUUAUUAAAUCUCUUUAAAUGGGAAAGUAGAUGGACAUCAUGAUAUAGAUGAAGAUACAAUCCUUAACAAUGUAAAAGCAGCCAAACUAUUUGCCUAACUUAUUCAAACUUAAAGCAUUACUUAUUGA